AUGUCGAACUUGGGAAAACGCAACGCAGGCUUCAUCGACCUCACUAGCGACGAUGAGAACCCCACACCCCACCGCAAACAAGCGCGUGCAUCGAUCAACCAGCCUUCGGGCUCUCAACCUCGUUCAAGUCAGUCUUUGAAUGGACGUGGGUCCUGGGCCGAUCCUGAUGAAGAGGAUGAAGUUCUUGACCUUAGUCAAGAUGCUGAUGAAGGAUCCGGAUGGACCUGUGUUGGAGCUAUCGAUGGCAAGAUUGUUGGAGUCCGGUACUACAAUGGUUAUGCGACGCCUGGAGAGCAAGUAAUGAUCAGGAGAGAGCCGUCAAACCCCUAUGAUUCGAAUGCCAUCCGAGUGAACAACGUUCAUGACACUCAAAUCGGCCAUUUACCCCGAAACAUUGCCUCCAAACUUGCACCAUACAUGGACUCUAGGACGAUUGUUAUGGAAGGCGUCAUCGCAGGAGAGAAGGCAACAUUUGAUUGCCCAAUCCUCUUAAAGGUCUUCGGGCCAGCUGAGCCCAUUGCAAGAGCACAGUUGGAGGCUCGGAUGAAGGCUGACAAAGUGCCUCUCAAAAAACGAAACAUUGCCGCUCCUAAAAAGCCUGUUCAAUAUCAACCACCCCCAAAGAAGCAGACUGGUUAUUCUGGCAGCUCACAACCAUCAAACAGUCAAACAAGCAGCCAGCCCAUGAGCCAGCCCGAACCUCCUAUUGAGCUCAGUAUUCGAGAUUUGGCGGACAACAGUGAGCGUUUCAACCCUCGAGAAGCUGCGAAGAUUGUUGAGGCCUGGGGAGCUGGUGAAAGUGCUCUUGCAAAAAUGCCCAGGGCUAACCAGCCCAUCGGCUUGAAGUCCAUCCUUCUUCCGUAUCAAAGACAAGGUCUGGCUUGGAUGCUAGAGAAGGAGAACCCCGUCCUUCCUGCAGUUGGUUCAAAAGACAUCGUUCAACUCUGGAAGAGAGUAGAUAAAAAUAAUUUCCAAAACAUUGCUACCAACUACAAGACUCCCAUCGCGCCUACUUUAUCCAGGGGUGGUAUUCUUGCAGACGACAUGGGACUUGGAAAAACUCUUCAAGUUAUUAGCACCAUCCUUGAGGGUGGCCCAGGAACUACUUUGAUCGUAGCGCCUGUAGGCGUGAUGAGUAAUUGGUCUUCGCAGAUUGAGAGGCACGUCAAGAAAGAGAAUGCAUUGAAGGUCUUGAUGUAUCAUGGCAGUAGUCGCAAGCGCCUGACACAGCAGGAAUUUGCAGAAUACGAUGUUGUUGUCACAAGUUACGGGUUAGUAGGUUCUGAGUGUAUGCCCAAGGGAUCCAAAUCGUCUCCAGUCAAAACCCCAACGAAAGAUGGAUUGUUCUCCAUAAACUGGCGUCGAGUCGUCCUUGAUGAAGGCCAUCAAAUCCGAAAUGCUGCUACUAGAUAUGCUGUUGCAACUACUAAUCUCUUGGCAACAUCAAAAUGGAUCCUCACAGGUACUCCGAUUGUCAACACCAUCAAGGAUCUUCACUCCAUGAUCAAGUACAUGGGGAUCACCGGAGGUUUAGAACGCAUGGAGCUUUUCAACUCGAUUCUCACUCGCCCUCUGGCUGCUGAAGAUCCGAAUGCAGAACUCAUCUUACAGUCUUUUAUGAGAACCAUGUGCCUACGACGAAGGAAGGACAUGGCAUUCGUCGACCUGAAGUUGCCCGAGAAGUCAGAGUAUGUCCAUCAUAUUGCCUUCCGCAAUGACGAGAGAGAGAAAUACGAAGCUAUCGAAUCUGAGGCAAAGGGCAUGGUGAAGAUAUUCAACGAACAGCCCUACAAGAAAGGACUGAAUGUCUAUCGCCAUUUGCUUGAGAUCCUACUUCGGCUCCGCCAGGUAUGCAAUCAUUGGAAGCUCUGCGAAAAGCGAGUUACCGACUUGAUGGCCUUUUUGGAAAGUGACGGAGCCGUAGCGCUCACCAAAGAGAACCGCGCUGCCCUCCAAGCAGUUCUACAACUCAGUAUCGACAGCCAGGAGGAAUGUUCUAUCUGUCUCGAGGACUUGCACAAUCCAGUCAUCACAGCGUGCAAGCAUGCGUUCGGUCAAGAAUGUAUUGAGCGUACUAUCGAGCUCCAGCACAAGUGUCCAAUGUGUCGUGCUGAAUUGGUAGACAAAGACUGCCUCGUGCACGCUGCAGUUGAAGAGAAAGUCGCGGAAGAUCCAGAGAUCGAUGUCAACACCAAGAGCAGCAAAACCGAGGCAUUGAUGAGUAUCCUGACCGCCAGUCGUCGGGACUCGAAAUCGAAAGUCGUCAUUUUCUCCCAAUGGACCAGCUUCCUAAACAUCAUCCAGCAUCAACUCAACGAGGCUAACAUGAAGUUCGCCCGCAUCGACGGGACUAUGCCUGCUCACGUACGUGAUGCUGGUAUGUCCGCUCUCGAGAACGAUCCCAAUUGCCGUAUCCUGCUUGCCAGUUUGUCCGCCUGCAGCGUCGGUCUCAACCUCGUCGCCGCAGACACCGUCAUCCUCGCAGACUCCUGGUGGGCUCCUGCCAUCGAAGACCAGGCUGUCGAUCGUGUGCAUAGAUUGGGCCAGACCCGUCCUUGCACUGUAUGGAGAUUGGUCAUGGAAGAUAGUAUCGAGGAGCGGGUGCUGGCGAUCCAGGCUGAGAAGCGGAAGCUGGUUGGCAAGGCGUUCCAGGAGAAGGCCAAGGGUGGCAAGGCCAAGACUACCGGGAUGAGUGAUAUCAUGAAGCUGCUGGCCUGA